AUGGCCAACAAAAAUGAGCGCGAAAAAUGCUUCUCAAAAUAUGCCAGUCAAGAAGAAGGAGCGAUCUCUCUGAAAGCGUUUUUUCAAUACGAUUUUGACAGUGCUGCGCACCUUAGCAAAGACAUCGAAGAUAUCAAAUCAAGUUGGCUCAUGAUUUUUAAUAAAUACGUUACGAGCAACAACAUACAGAAUUUCAGCAAAGCUCAACCAGACUGGUAUGAGUUGUUGAGAACGAGAAAAAAGAUCGUUGAUUACCUUACCAACAACAAAUCACCUACUGUCACUCUUUGCAGCGACACCGAAAAGUGGGUCAUCAAAGGAGUACCGAUCACCGAACAUCUUAUUGGAUACAGACAAGAAUCCAUUGACAAAGCGAGUAACGACGGCAAAUUAGCAUCAAUUCAUGAAGAAUUAUCUUUGAAUUGUAUUUUUUUAAUCGACAGCAUCAACUGUGCAUCGAAUGCACGUUUGAUUUAUGGAUUUGACGAAGAUGUGUGGAACGAGAUGGUUGAAGAAUGUGAUGAACAGUAUCAUAUCAAAGAUUUACCGAUGGGCACCAUCACUUGCAUUCACCAAUUCGCAAAGGCUGCAAGAAAAGACUUUACAAAAUGCAAGCCAAUUAUUAAGCAGCUUCCCGACGAUUUGUUCGGAUAUAAUGAAAGAAUUGAGUGUUCAUUACGAAGUCUUAUUGAUACCCACUCACCCGAUGCGUCCGAAAAAGCUAUAAAAAUGGAAAGCUCGUUCACACUCGAUGCUAUCGAUCCCGUUCUUCUGCCGUUUUUUAAAGAAACUGAUUUGAUUACGCGAAAAGGCACUGAUGGCCAAGUUACCGGAUCGAAAGCAAGAAGAGGAAAAGUAGGACGCUUUGCGGAUUUGUCGAUGGUAUUCGAAUUCGCGGGUAUGCCCGAACAAAUAUUGGUAAUUGUGGAAAUCAAGGCGCCUUCCAAGGUUGCUGACGGUAGCAGACCUGAUUUCAUAAAAAUGGCAAAUGAAAUGAAAGGUAGCAUCGAUAAUUUCAUUGAAGAAGGAUUCGAUGACGAUGAAAUUUUUGCUACUGGAAUUUUAGUGGAAGGCUUUAAAUGUACAGUUUUUGUGAUGGAUCUCAAAUACCAAGCGACAUACCGUCUAAUGCCCCGUUGCAUUUUCUACUUGCCACAGUCACGGCACAACUUUAAUGUGCUUCCUGAAGCAUACGAAGCAAUGGUAGCAGUAAGACAAUGGAUGGUAUCAAAUGCGAGAAGAUGUUUUGCAUUUUACCGCCAAAAGCCACGCAAAGUUACUCGAAAGAACUACACUGUUACGUCCUUUGGCACCCCUAAAAAUCACGAAAAAGAAUCGUCGAGCACUGCUUGAAAUCAACCGAAAUUACCGCUAUUACAGCCAUUACCAAUACUCCUCAAUCAUCUCAUCGUGCAACAUUACUGCUAUCAUCAUUCCUAUUGUAAAUCAUAUCUUUUAACUCAUAAAUAGUCCACUCCUAUGCCCUCAUCAUCCUAACUUCAAAAAAAAAUCCAUGCAUAUCAGACCAUUGUAAAAACCAACAAAUUUUUUUUCAAAACAUACAACACAGCAACUUGCUACGA